AUGGCGUCGAAGAAACAGCAGCAGGAAAUGGUCCAGGUCGACCGAUCCUCCUCUGGCUCUCCUUUCUGGCGAACGACGUCCAAUUCCGCUUCCUCGCCGCCGCCGAACAAGAAGGUCAUCGGCGCAUCCUAUUCCCAUGCCGACAUACUCAACUUCAGCUCUUUGAGCGUUUCCGGUUCCAACUCACGACCUCGAACCCCGCCAUCGGCAACCCACAGUCGCGAGUCAAGCGCUGCACCGAGCCGGUCUAGCAAGACCAUAUCGCCCCGUCCUGCGCGAGCCACGUACAGCUACUUCCUCAAUGACACACAUCAAGACUGGAACGAGGGGGACGAAGACGAUGCCGACAACAUGUUUGAGGAUGACGAAGACGAGUUUGGGCUCCCGAGCAUCGCAAACAUGCGGAGGAAGGGCCGGCGGAAACAGCCAUCCAAGACGAAGGAAACCGCCGGGCACGUCAGCAGGGAAAGUCUGGGCUCAACGGCGUGGCGUGGUAUAGACAGUGGUGAUAUUGCAGAGGAGCGAGGCAUACCCAACUACCCGACCGCAAAGAAGAUUGAAGGGAAGAUCUUACGGCCGCAGUACCAGGAAAUUCUUCGAGAUCCCGCAAACUCUCUGCAUCUCAUUUCGCAUCCUAGUCUACCCCCGAAUGCCUCAGCGAAGCAGGUCGAAGAGCACUCCGCGCGCACAACAAGGAUCAACAAGUUCAAGAGGAUACUGCAGGCGAGCACCAUAUCGCUAUCAGACCUUCGCGACUCAGCCUGGUCAGGAGUCCCGUCUGAAGUACGCGCAAUGACAUGGCAGAUCUUGUUGGGAUACCUGCCAACUAGCAGCGAGCGGAGGGUCGCGACACUCGAGCGCAAACGGAAAGAGUAUCUGGAGGGAGUGCGACAGGCCUUUGAACGAGGUACAUCUGGUAGUGCUAGCGCCGUAGCAUCUGGAAUGGCAGGCGGCGCUGGCUAUCCUUCAACAAACCGUGGACGAGGACGUGGCUUGGACGAAGCUAUAUGGCAUCAGAUCAGCAUCGACGUGCCUCGGACGAACCCCCAUCUCGAGCUCUACAGCUACGAAGCGACGCAACGGUCUCUCGAGCGAAUACUAUACGUGUGGGCGAUACGGCACCCUGCGUCAGGAUAUGUCCAGGGCAUCAAUGACUUGGUGACCCCAUUUUGGCAGGUCUUCUUGGGCGCCUACAUUUCAGAUCCGGAUAUUGAAUUUGGCAUGGAUCCUGGACAGUUACCAAAGCAAGUUUUGGACGCCGUUGAAGCGGACUCCUUUUGGUGCCUUACCAAACUCCUUGAUGGGAUUCAAGACAACUACAUUGCGCAUCAACCAGGGAUCCAAAGACAAGUGGCUAGUCUUAGAGAUCUCACAACGCGCAUCGAUGAUCAACUGGCGAAGCAUCUCCAAAAUGAGGGUGUAGAGUUUAUACAGUUCAGCUUCCGAUGGAUGAACUGUCUUCUGAUGCGCGAGAUAUCUGUAAAGAAUACGAUACGGAUGUGGGAUACAUACCUGGCCGAAGAGGAUGGGUUUUCGUCAUUCCACCUCUACGUAUGCGCUGCGUUCCUCGUAAAGUGGUCCGAUCAGCUACGAAAGAUGGACUUUCAAGAGGUCAUGAUGUUUCUGCAAUCAUUGCCAACGCGUCAGUGGACCGAAAAGGACAUUGAACUAUUGUUAAGUGAAGCCUUCAUUUGGCAAAGCCUAUUCAAAGGCAGUGGCGCGCAUUUGAAGAACACAGGCUCAAGAGGAAGUGGCGUAGGGAUGGGACCCGACUUCUGA